CUGGUGCACCGGCUGCGAGGCGGCAGCGGGAACUGAAAAUAAGGGACAGAAACAAGAUCUCUCUAAGCUUAAUUUCACUUCUACUCUCGCCUCUUGUGUGAACUUGCUUUGCCCUUUCAUACUUUUCCUCGAAAUCGUCGUUAUUUUCACACAAGAUGACUGGUAGCCCGCUGACAGGGUUGCUGGUUGCGCUCUGCCUAAGCAGCGCAGUGCACGGUUUGCCAAAGAAGACUAAAAGACAAUCUGGCCAGUAUCAGGUGUACCCUGAAUUCCGCGAUGCAUCGGCUGUUUCUCCAGGUUGGUUAUUGGACUUUGUCUUAAAAAUGUUUUUAUGAGUUUAUUUUUUCGUGAUGUGUUUACAUUUAAUUAUGAUUUAUUUGUGGAUUCGAGACUGAAUUUUGUUGCGCACUGUGCCAAAUAAAGCGAAUUGAGAUUAUCUUCUUGUCAUACGUGCCGAAUAAUUUUGUGCACAAAUUCGCCCAAUUUAAAAAAGUCAAAUCAACUUUAAAGGACAUUGUAAGGUCCAAUACUGUUAAUCUUGUGUUAUAAUACUCUCAUUAUAUGAUUUGUAGUGGGCUGUGAGGAAAACGGUCGCUCAUACAGACUGUACGAGCAGUGGGAGAAACCCUACCUCGGUAGCACGCUGGUGUGCACCUGCAAUGGAGCAGCAGGCAUCAAGUGUAAAACUAAGCCUGAAGGUCAGUAAGAGACCAACCGGUUCAAUGUUUAGAAAUGUCUCUGCAGAUCAUUUCAUUUUAGGCUUUCACAGCUGGAACCGAGAAAACUGGCUCGAGUUUGGGGGAGUUUUCUUGACUUGAUUCAGAUCUGAGUUACUUAAAAAACACAGUCGUUGUUUAAGGGACAUCGACUUGUGCGUCUUUUACGCAGCAGAAAAAAUGGACAAGACAGGUUCGCAGUAACUGCUUCGUGACCUUUCAUCGUUUCCUUUGUUUUCCUUUCAGUGGAGGAGACCUGCUAUGAUAAGUACAAUGACCGGACAUACCGGGUAGGUGAAACUUACGAGAGACCAAAAGACGGGAUGAUGUGGGACUGCACCUGUAUAGGUUCUGGUCGUGGGAAGAUCAGCUGUACCAUUGCAAGUGAGUAAACAGAAAACAUUGAGUCCCUAUAGAUGAACUAUGAAGUAAAUUACGCUUAAAUAUCUAAAAUAAGUAAAUGACGGUGCAUUUGUGAUUCAGAUCUAAGUAUUUGUAGUUCUAUUGAGUCAUUUUUGGUAACAUUUUGCAGAGUGUAUUACAAUUUUUUGGAUCCAAACAUGCUUUUGUAUGAAAAACAAUGAUUAUUUAUAGCAAAUCAAAGCAGUUAAUGAAGAAGUUAAAAUAUUUAAGUGUUAAACACAUGUUGUACCUCAGACUUUGCUCUUUAAAUGAAAAACUGAACUUUUACAUUUUAAACAACACAGAUCGUUGUCAUGAGGGUGGCAGGUCUUACAAAAUCGGGGACACUUGGCAGAGGCCUCAUGACACCGCCGACUACAUGCUGGAGUGCGUGUGUCUCGGAAAUGGCAAAGGAGAGUGGACCUGCAAACCUGUGGGUGAGUCAUACAACUCAAACCUGUGGACUUGACCGGUUUUUCCACGAUUUCAAUACGAAACUGCGGAGACGGAGAUAAAUAUCUCAAUCUUAAACAGGCAAACUCACCUACACACACACACACACACACACACACACACACACACACACACACGAACACACACACACACACACACACACACACACACAAAUGUUCUGUCGAGACAGCUUCUCAGAAUGAUGAAAGUACAAAUAUUUGGCCUCAGUGUGGACAAACACAGUGAGUGAGUCAGAGAGCACGUUUCUCCCUUUUAUCCAUUAGUUAUUGAUUUUCUCUUGGUUUGUUUCUCCUGUGAUUGGCUGGUGAGAUUUGGAUGCAGCGACAUGAAGUCUCUCUGCAAUAAAGCCUCUCCUGUGUUGUUUUCUGUGCAGCUGAGCGUUGCUUUGAUAACACCGUUGCAUCAUCAUAUGUGGUGGGUGAGACCUGGGAGAAACCGUACCAGGGCUGGAUGAUGCUGGACUGCACGUGUCUGGGAGAAGGAAAUGGAAAAAUUACAUGCACCUCAAGAAGUAAGACAAACACAACUAAUUACACCCAUUACUAUCACACAUCUUCUUCAUUGAAAGGUUUUAAUGAUCGUCGUACUCUUAAUAGACCGCUGCAAUGACCAGGACACUAGGAGGUCCCACCGUAUUGGAGACACAUGGACAAAGACGGACUCAAGUGGAAACAUCCUGCAGUGUCAGUGCUUAGGAAACGGCCGUGGAGAGUGGAAGUGUGAGAGACACCAGGCAGGCAGAAGUGAGUCUUUUGUGUUUUACAAAAUGAUAACACUAUCCUCUUUGUAUUCACAGCUUCAAUGUCCCUAAACUUGCUCACUCUGAUUUGCAGCCAUAAGCACCACAGGUACCGUCGCAGUGACCCCUCAUACCCCUCAGGUGCUGCCUGAGGGGAUGUGCCGCACAGACUCAGGAAACACCUACAACGAUGGACAACGCUGGUUCAGACAUCAGGGCAGCAAGCAGAUGAUCUGUACCUGUCUGGGCAAUGGGGUCAGCUGUCAGGAGUAUGGUGAGUUAUGUCCCAAGACUGGAAUAAUCAACGAUCAAUUUGAGCACUUUUUAAAAUUGCCCUGCCGCCUCUUCCUCUCUGUGCAGAGUCCGCAAACCUGGCAUAUGGAGGCAGCUCCAAUGGUCAGCCGUGUACAUUCCCAUUUGUCUUCAUGGGAAAGACCUACUACUCCUGCACCUCAGAUGGACGCUCAGAUGGACAGCUCUGGUGCUCCACAACCUCAGAAUAUGAGAGAGAUCAGCUGUACUCUUUCUGUACUGAGAAGAACGGUGAGAUUCACAGACACUAAAUGUAGAAGUGAACGCAUUUGUUGUUUCUCUUUUUUUUUUUUUAAACUUUACCCUCAUACAUCUACAUUAAAAAUCCAUUGAUGGUGCAACUAUCACAGUCAACAAGUUCAGUGACAGGCCAUUACUGUUAUUUCUUCUUUUCUAUUCCAGCUAUCGUGGCAACAAGAGGUGGGAACUCCAACAAUGCCCUCUGUCACUUCCCCUUCCUCUACAGCGGGCGCAACUACACUGACUGUACAUCUGAUGGACGCCGCGAUGGCAUGAUAUGGUGCGGUACCACGCAUGACUACGACACAGACCAGCGCUUUGGAUUCUGCCCCAUGGCCGGUGAGUGUGUGUGUGUGUGUGUAAGAGCUGUUUUGAUGGCGCAGUUAUUUUCUAACCAUAUCGAUCAAAUGGGCCAGAGCAUUAAGAUAACAGUCUGAUUUCUUCCUGAUAAGAAUUUCCAACAUUUCUUUUAAUUUUCUUGCACGUAAUUCAACAAAGUAUCAUAAUGUCAGUGAAUUUCCAUGCUCGAAGGAGUAGUUUGGCACAACUCUCUGGUCUCUGUUUUAGUGCCAACUGCUGCUUGGUCGCAUGGGUCAGUUGUAGACAGUUAGGGGGUCAAAUAACUUGAUCUUAAAGUAGAAGAAGUUUGUUGCCAUGGGAGAGUGAAAACUCUAUCGGAUUUGUUACAUAACAUCAUUUGAUGACAGAUAAAGUGUCAAAAUGGACAAAGUAAAAUGCAUGCUGCUAGGCUGCAAUUGCGACUAGGGCUGGGCGAUAAAAAGAAAACGACAUACAUCGUAAAUUAAUUUCCUUCAAUAUCAAUAUAAAACAUGGUCAAUAUGCUUUUCGAUAGUCGGCAUUCUGUCAUGUUUUGGUAGACUAUACGAAUUGCCAAUAAAAAGGGGAGUCACUCCGGGUCUGCUGAACCAAUCAUGGGCUGAAUUGGAACCAAGUAGCAAAAAACUGCUAUGUCAAGUAAAUGUUCUCACAAAGUUGGGGAAUACCCCAAACCUUUUCACCACCUGAAGCAGUGGCCCCGAGUGGAGCAAGGAGCCCAUGGCGCCUGUGCAGCCGAAACAGCCGACCAUUCAGUCCACUUUCUUUACCGUAACGCCUUACGCCAAAACGUCAAAGAGACACAAAGACCUCACAGUUGCAGUAUCUUAUUGUAUUGCAAAAGACAUGCUACCAGAAAGCACUGUUAAAUUUCAUUUUUUAUAUCGUGAUAAAUAUCAAUAUCGGCUGAUGUGAAAAAAAUUUACCGUGUUAAACUUUUUCCCAUACCGCCCAGCCCUAAGUGUGGCUUGUUUUUAAUCUCUGACUCUUUUUUCUUUUCGUAGCCCAUGAGGAGCUCUGUACCACCAAUGAUGGAACAAUGUACCGUGUUGGCGACAAGUGGGACAAACGUCAUGACGUCAUGGGUCACAUGAUGGAGUGCACAUGCCUGGGAAAUGGCCGUGGGGAGUGGAACUGUGUUGCUCACUCACAGCUGCGAGGUCAGAACACUUGAUUUUCCCCUUAGAGUCCAUUCAGUGAAAUCUGGAAUAAAAGCACUUUGUAUUCAUGUUGACGUUGAUUUUUUCAACACCCAGAUCAGUGUAUUGUUGAGGGCUACACCUACGAAGUGAAUCAGGAAUUCUCCAAGCGCCACAAUGAAGGCUACAUGAUGAACUGCACCUGCUAUGGACAGGGGCGUGGACGCUGGAAGUGUGACGCUAUCGGUGAGUUCUGGGCUUGUCGGCUCAGCAUGUAUUCAUCAUAAUAUUUUUCAUCCAAGAGUCGCAUCCCUGCCUGUCUCUCAACAUCCAAUCAUCUCUUUAUUUGUGUGUGUGAUCGCCACAUUAGAUCAGUGUCAGGAACCACAAACCAGAGCAUUCUAUCAGAUCGGAGAUACCUGGGACAAAGCCAUCCAUGGGGUCCAUUAUCGCUGUUACUGCUAUGGCAACGGGAUUGGAGAGAUGAGAUGUGAGCCUCAGCAGGGCUUCCAAGGUAAGGAGAGAGAGAUGAAAUGUUCUCUGCUUCUAUCCCUCAGUCUUCUCCUGGUUUCCCACCUGAGUCAGCUCACUGUAAAGGCUUACUUUGUGUUUAACUUCAAACAUCUUCAGGUCAUUCACCUCCCUUCCCUCACCUGCCUUUAACCUCUGUAACACGUCCCUGAAAUUCAAGUUUACUUGUCAUGUUAGCUGAGGGAUUAUGUUUUUUUUUCCCUCAGCUUUGAAGUCUGGAAAAAGGAGGAGAGUUGGCCCAACAUAUCCAUCCUGUCUUUCUCUUUGUCUUUGUAGUAGGAGAGGUUUUUUCCUCCCCUGCUGACCCUCUCAAAGGUCAAGAGAUGCUAGCCUUAGCUCUGAGGGUAGCUUUGAAAACACGCCCUACUUCCAAAAUCGAACUCUAGCUGGGUAAAAGUUGCAUAAUGUGAUACUUUGCACUAGAAUCAAACAUUAACCCAAAACGCUUCACUUGCAACAUUUAUCUUGCCAUGACCCGUGCAGGGAAAUGUACGAGUGUAGAGCAGGGAUUGUGAGUCUACAUGUGUGUGUUUGAAGGAGUACAGAGGCUAGAUAAUCUGUGAUGAAAAUAGUGCUCCUGUGUGAUGCCAAACUGUCAGAUGUUAGGAGGCGUUUGAGCUGGUUUAGCAUCGUCUGGUGGUUUUGUUCUGUCUCAAAAUCGUCUGACAGAGGUUCAGCGUAAAGCAGCCAACUCUCACCCACACGCUAUAACCCCGCCAUAAUGCAAAUCUUUGAGGAUGUAUGAGCUUUUUUCUCUUUUCAAAUGGCAUCUUUGUCCUUUAUGUACUCCCCUCUGAACUCUCUCCUCCACUUUCUGUCUUCAGACGGCCACAGACCCGUCCAGGUGAUCAUCACAGAGGCAGGAAAGCAGCCAGACUCCCACCCCAUUCAGUGGAACCCCCCCUCAUCUGUGCACAUCACCCAGUACAUCCUCAAGUGGAGAAUUGUGAGUUGAACUUUUUGUAAUGCCAGUUACAAACCUCAUUUUUGGGGUUGAGUUAGCUCCCGUUUUCUCCUCAAAGCAGUGUUUGAAUAUUUGCAGAGCGGCAGCAUUACUAAAGGUGAGCAAACAGUCUGAAUGAGGUCAGGCGCUUUUUUUUUUAAGGCUGACCGGAGUUUGAGUGUGGUCAAACAGGGUGAUUAGAGGAUGCAUGAACUUUCUUUCAUAUCUGUCCACACUAAGUCACUGUUUUAAGUCCAUUCCAAUAAAAAUAUCCCCCUUACUGUGAUUUUUUUUCCUCCUCACACAUCCUUGUUUCUUUCAAGUCCCCAAAGACUGACAAGCUGGGUGAAAUAUUUAUGAAACUUAAUUAAAGUCAAACACAGAUUCCCUCAGAAGGAGUUUGUAUACUUUGGAGACUUGAAGCUUUCAUCUUCCUCUCCUGCUGAGGAAGUUUGUAGUUUUCCUACAGCAUGCAGAGCCACUCUAAAUACCUCUGCAGCAGGAUGUGUUAGGAGCACAAAGGUCUGAGCAAAUGUACGGUCCAAAAUACACAGGCUUACAUAGUCAGGCCUCAUUUUCUGGAUGUAUGCAUGACUUUUCACAUAUUUUUAUUCAACCACAGACUCUGUCACUUUAAGGACAUUCCUGCAAUAUAGCCUUUGAGAAUCUCAUCAAUAAAGAUGACAUAAAAAUACAAAUUAAUGUCAAUUCAAGGGUUGUAAAAUAGCUUUUAUUACUUUAAAAACUAUUUAUUACUGUAAUAUUUAUUUAUUUGCCCUCUCUUUUUUUAGGGGGAGAAAAGAAUUGAUUGGAUAUGUUGAAUGUAUGAACUGUAGUUAAACUGAACAUGAUCAUUUAUGUAGACAGGGCUGUGCCAAUGAAUUUAUUUGUGCAUUUACUUUUAAUUAUUAUUAUUAUUAUUCUAACAAUUUUUUUUUUACUGUAUGCAUUGUAUUUAUAUAGUCAUAAACAUUUUUGAUACGUACGUGCAUAUAUAAUAUACAUAUAUACUGUAUACAUAUAUUUUUUCUUUUUUUUCUUCCUAUGUUCAUUUAUACCAGAGGCCAAAUCAACUAGUGUUACUAUUCUUACUACUAUAAAUACUUUGUUUGCUGUUCCCCUUUCCCGAGAUACAGACAAGAAGUAGAAAAUUGAAAGAAAAAAUAUAUGAGUAAGAUUUUGAUGCUGAGCAGACCAACAAACCUACCACACUACAGUACACUUUGGGUGUUAUUUAUUUAUGUAUGCACAUAUUUUUCCUUUUUCUUUUUCUGCUUUGUCCUGAAUUCAUUUGUAUGUGUUAAUAUGACUUAUGUUUGAUCACAUGAAAAUAAAACUAAAUAUUAUAUAUAAAAAAAAAAAAAAAAGGCAUUCAGAGGCAGACAGAGUUUGGCUGUUAAAACAGUAAUAUAAUCCGUGUAAUGCUGAUAUUUGUGAGAUUCUUCAAUCUCUCUCUGUUUUGAUGCUAAACUCAUAAACCCUUCACCUCUGGUAGAAAAAUAGCCGCGGCGCAUGGAGAGAAGCCACCAUCCCCGGCCACCUCAACUCCUACACCAUCAGCGGGCUCCGUCCAGGCGUCACUUAUGAGGGUCAGCUCAUCAGCAUUCUGCGCUACGGGCGCCGCGAGGUCACCCGCUUUGAUUUCACCACCACUCAUGGUUCCUGUGAGUAGACAUUACUGGGGGCAUUCGCUGCAUGAAUGUAGAGAAAUAUUCACUGAGUGAUUAUACAUCAUUUUAUUUUUUUAGUGGAAACCUCAGAGGGAGAGACGACAGUGCCUCCUCCUGUUUUGGACACGUCUGAGUCUGUGACAGAAAUCACUUCAAACAGCUUUGUUGUGUCCUGGACGUCGGCCUCUGAUACCAUCUCUGGCUUCAGGGUGGAGUAUGAACUCAGCGAGGAUGGAGCGAAGCCGAAAGUGCUGAGUGAGAACCCUUACACUUCCAUAGUUCCUCUAAAAUGUCAAAUAAAAUCACUCAAACAAAUCUCAGAUAGAAUGUUUAUUACCGCUAUCUUCUAUUAGUAUCGUGUUGUAGAUUUCCUGAUUAAAAAAACAACUGAAACAAGUGUGUCUGUUUUGGGGCAAAUUCAGCGUAAUAAACACCCAGGGAGUCAAAAUAGUUCAAAACACAAAUGCAGAAAUUCUUCUAUAAUCAAUAUUUCCAAGUCCUCUCACACCAUUCCCUGAAGGUUUUCAUCCUCUCAUGUGUUUAAAAUGAUGUCCCAUCUUCUUCUAGAUCUUCCUCACUCGACCACCUCUGUCACGAUCGGCGACCUCCUGCCAGGGCGCAGAUACAACGUCAAUGUUUAUGAGCUUCCAGAUCAGGGAGAGCCAAACCUCAUUCUGACCACCUCUCAAACCACAGGUGAGACAAUCCUUCUCUUUCACUAAGUUAUCUUGGGAUGAUACACUACUUGUGAUUUUAUACCAAAUGCAAUAUCCAUGAUUCUCUUUCUUUUCCUUCCCCCAGCUCCUGACAGUCCCGCUCAGCACGCGAUCGAGGAGGUGAGAGAGAGCUCCAUCAAGAUCAGCUGGACCAGGCCUCAGGCUCCUAUCACAGGUAAGAAACUUCUUUAUUUAUGAAUGUUUCAGAGAGAUCCAUAUUAUUCUGUCUGUGUGUAACGUUAGAUCUGCUUCUCGUCAGGUUACCGUGUGGUGUACACACCAUCAGUGGAGGGAAGCAGCACAGAGCUGACUCUGCCAGACACGGAGACCUCAGUGAACCUUGUUGACCUUUUCCCUGGAGUUCUGUACAACAUCAGCAUCUACGCUGUGGAGGAGGACCAGGAGAGCGAGCCUGUGUUUGUACAGGUCAACACUGAAGGAUCACCUCUACCAGGUCUGCAUUUAUACACAAAAAGAGCAACAAAACUUCUUUUGUUUGACAGAAAUAAGCAAAGUUUGUUAUUUCUAUUUUCAAAAAAGCUGAUUUAUUUUUCUGAGAUCUUCUUUGUCUUUUGGCUGAUUUAAAUUCACACUUUCAGCUAAAGACUCCUUAUGGGGCUGCAAAGCUUUCAGAGAGGGUUCUGGUGUUUGGGAAAAACUGACCCUGUCAAAACAGAGCUUUGUCAAAAUAUACUUGCACAGACAUAUCUAAACCAGUUUGGUAUUUUAAAGAGGCCUCUUGUCUUCUACGAGUCCUUGGUGGCCCAUGAAUGAACCCAUUUUAAUUCAAAGUGAGCUCAAGGCGAGAAACUUCUGUUUACAUGUUUUGAUAACAUCUUCUAUGUCUUUCCGUCCACAGAGGAGGUCCGUGCUCCCACAGAUCUGCAGUUCUAUGAGGUGUCAGAUGUCAAGAUCACCAUCACCUGGACCGGUCCACCCAAUGAGGUGACAGGUUACAAAGUGACCUACUCCCCGGUUGGUCCUGAUGGCACUGAGACAAGACCCCUUCAGCUCCCCGUCUCACCAAGUGCAUACGCCGAUAUCACCCAUCUACACCCAGGGACGCUGUACCGCUUCUAUAUCUAUGCCAUCAAUGCUGGAGUGGAGAGCACGCCACUGGUGGGAGAAAAGACAACCAGUGAGUGUCAGCAUGGAUGGAGGAAUCAGAGUAACAAUCAUGGUAUUACAAAUAAACAUGAAACGUGAGAGAUUGUCUGUCUUAUAUUUGUUGUAUGUCCUUACCCCCCGCAGAACCUGAUUCACCCACCAACUUACAGUUCACCGACAUUGGUCAUGGCAGUGCCGUGGCCACCUGGGAUGCUCCUCGUGCCAUCGUCACCGGUUACCGUCUCUACUUGAGCAUUGGGGGAAGUAGCCCCAUCGAGAAGAGGAUCCCAGGCAGGGUUACCCAGUUCCCACUGAGGAAUUUGCGCCCGGACACCCAGUACACCGCCACCCUCCACUCUGAGCUGGACAAUGAGCUGAGCGAGGGCAUCACCACGUACUUCUCCACCAGUUAGUAUUGAGAGACGCACAACACCAGCUGAUAGCAGAAUAACUUGAACCAUGAGUUCACCCUCACUGUCUUUGUCCUCCUCUCAGCCCCCCAGAUGGGAAAUGCUCCUCCUUUCAGCACUGAGGUCACUGAUACCUCCAUCAUCAUCACCUGGGUGCCUGUCAGCAGGUUCAGCUACAAGGUACCAGCUACCAUAGAUUUUAUUGUAACACUGAGUCUCUACAUUCACUAUUUGAACACACAAUUAAAACACAGAAAACUGCUAGCAAAAGUUUUCCUUAUUGUUACAUAAAAUUGCUCUCUGUCCACUAGUUGCAUUAGAAAGCAAAAGUUUGACAUAUCUACAAUGUCCAUGUUAAGAAGCUAUUAAAUGUAGGUGGUGUGCCAUAUGUUUGCUGCCCCCCAGUGGCCAAAAUAUUUUAAAUGACUGUGACUGUAACUUAAAAGUGUAUCUCUGAUCUUGCACGCACGUUUCUAUUUUCUCAGGUGUCUGUGCUCCCCAGCCAGGAGGGCGAGUCUCCCAGGGAAGAGACUUCUGCCACUGGACGUAUUUAUUUCACGGAUCUGUUCCCUGGAACUUCAUACACCUACUCUGUGCAGCCCAUCUUCAACGGACGCAACCGAGGGCAACCCAUGACCCGCAAUGUUUUCACUUGUGCGUACCUACUUUACAUUAUUAUCACAGUGUUAAAAGACAAAGUCACUUUAAAGGUACAGUGUACUGAAAUGGGAUUAUUUAGCUAUAUCAGAUUCUUGAUUUAUGUGCUCCCUUACUUACCCACCUCCAUGUGUCAAGCGGUGGUGGCGUUUUAGGACAAAAAGCUUGAUGCAUGAUAAGUCUGCUCCUAAAUUAGUCAAGAUUUUACCAUAAAAAAAAAUUUCAUUUAAACGCAGCACUUUGCAAAGCUACUUUCUAAAUACAAAAAUACAUAUUUAACUAGUUUAUCUGUUCUGGGCUGCUGCAGCUGUAGGAGAUCUGCUCCUUAUGUAGAUAUGAAAAUAUGAUAUAGUGAUAUGACACUUCUUUAAACAGCUUGUAAAUGUUAUUUUCCAUUUCUACUACUUUUGCUUGAAUAUAUACCCUACUCUAUACCUUGAACUGUGAAUUUCUUCACUCUUUACACAUCAGCCUUAUGUAACUGAUCAGUAGAUUGAUUUAUUACUGUUGUAGGCUCACACAGCUCUGUUCUAACCAUUUGACAUAAAGUUGUGAAAGAAGUAACUGCUGCAUCAUAUCAGGUUUCUCAUACCUGUGUCAUGGUUUGCUUUGCUCCUCUUCCAGCUCUUUCUCCUCCCACUGACCUUAGAGUUGAGUCCACCCCGGACACAGGAGAUCUGACUGUCCACUGGGUCGCCUCCAAAACACCAGGUAAAUAUUGACUGUGCUCCCCACGCACUGUCAGCACACUGGAUCACGCCGAGUCUAGACCUUGGCCUACAAAUGGCGGGGACAAACGUCUCUUCCUGGUAUCUCCUUCGUGUUCCUCAAAGUGACUCACAAAUUACGGAAAAAAAACUCUCAGCAUUGCAUUAUUUUUACACAGUGUUUGUCAUGUUUGCCAACUCUUUCCAGGCAUCACAGGCUACAGAGUGACAAGCACGCCCGUCAAUGGCCAGCGAGGAAAUUCUCUGGAGGAGCUGGUCCGAGCCGAUCAAACCUCAGUCAGGCUAGAGAGCCUGAACCCUGGGGCUGAGUACAACAUCAGUGUCUUCACCAAUAAGGGCCAUUUGGAGAGUGCACCUGUGUCCACUGUUGUCACACCAGGUAUGAGCAACUGUGGCAGCAUUUACACCUGAUUUAAGGCAUCAAACCCACAUCUGUGGUCUCACAAAAACCGGGAGUGAAGGCCAAGUCUAAGUUUUCCAGUCAAACUCUUUCGGUUUAAGAACUGGCACAGUCUUACUUGAAGUAAGAACUGAGAUGUUUCAAAAAAAAGUUUUUCUUCAAGCUGCGUAAAAAGAUUUUGUCCACAAGAGGCAGAAUACUUUACAAACCUGGUUUCUACAGCAAGCCCUUGGAAAUGUAUUCCGAUCUUCAGUACACACACACAGCAAAUAACAGCAGCUUUAUCCAACAAAAAAGUAACAGCUAAAAUAAGCUAAAAAUCCUACAAAGGUUCUUAAUUUCCAUGCUUUUUAUUAAUUAUAGCAAAAAAAUACCCUUCUGUUUCAAGUAGCAUUAGCUCCCAUAAUCUUCUACUAACAUAACUAUGCAUGGUUAUUUGUGUUGGUGAUGGGAAUUGUUUUUGGAGCAUGCUCAAAACAGUAGUAGUAUGUAAAUGGCUGUUUUUUUCAUAAACUUAAUUUGAACCUCUUUUUGACCUUUGACCAUAAUUGUCUCUAUCCAGCAUGGCUACUGAUUCACUGUGGGUUCAUUCAGUCUUUUGGAAAUGGAAAACAAACGUUUUGUGUUUCAUUUAACCAAUGUAAUUAUUGGUGCUUUUCAGUCUUGUUUCCUGUCUAAUUUUGCUUGCGCUUUGCUAAUGACCUAACCCUUUCAGAAAUCCCCAAACCAAGUCGCAUUGACUUUGUUGACAUCACUGACACCACCAUUGGCCUGCGCUGGAUCCCAAAGAACUAUACUGCUAUUACCGCAUACCGGAUUACGGUAGUAGCUUCUGGCGAGAGCUUGCCAGUUUUUCAAGAUAUGGUGGAGGCGUCUGCUGGUUAUUACACAAUUCAUGGUUUGGAGCCGGGCGUGGACUAUGACAUCAAUAUCUACACUGUUACAGAGGAGGGAGAGAGCAAGCCGACCACACAUACAAAGCAAACACAAUCUGGUGAUUUAACACUUUGACUCAUUUGCUGGGGAGGGGCUCGGGUUUUGAUCUGUGAGGAUUACUGAAAACACUUUAACUGAUAGUCAUCAAAAUCCAUAAAACACAAUAAACAUCAGAAAUGUAUUACAAUAAUUAUAGUCUCCUCAUCUCAUUGUAAAUCUACUUUAUAUUUAGUGUAGGUUUUGUUUUCUCCCCCUCCUUCUUCCAGUCAUUCCGGCCCCAACAAACCUGCAGUUCAGUGGGGUGGGUCCAGACCACAUAAGGGUGACUUGGACAGUCCCCAAUGUUGCCACGCCAACUGACAUCUCCCGCUUUGUCAUCCGUUACCAUCCUGUCGCCACAGAUGAUGACAUUAGAGAGGUUAAUGUUGGCGGAGCAACCAACACGUUCCUGCUGCAGAGUAAGAAAAGUCUUUUUGUUUUAAAGCAUCUUUUAGACAAUACGUUGAAGUAUUUGUAUCAAGUCAUUUGAGGACAUUCAUACUGUUAACUUAUUUCUUGAUCUCCAUUAUAGACCUGCUGCCCAACACAGAGUACAGCAUCAGUGUUGUGUGUGUGUACGGAGAACGAGAGAGUCAACCAGCUACAGGAACUCAGAGGACAAGUAAGUAUUAUGGUGGUUUCCACAGAGGAUGCCUUAAUGCAGUGUUUCAGGUACAUUAAGACAGGAUUGUGACUUUUUUUUUAACCAUUUAAACUAAAUGAUGCUGUUUCUCAUAAAAAAUAAAGCAGUGUUAAUGAACAAACUGGUAACACUCUACAAUAACCAUAAUUUAUAAAUGGUAAAAAGAUAGUUUAUUACUGUUUAAUCAUCAUUUAAAAACAGCAUAUAGAUCAAUUAUAAAUGGUGAAUAGAUAGUUUAUUAAUGUAAGUUAAUAGUUGCUUUACCAUGAACAAGCAAUGAAAUUAUAAUUAUUAAUGGACAAUUUAUUGAAGGUUUAUAUAGGGUUUAAAAUGUAUGUCAGUAGCACUUCUUAAAAGGUUAAUAUUUGGUUUUCAAACCAUCUGUAAACAUUACUUAAUUAUUGAAAAGUUGCAACUGAGGUUUGUAAUACUUUGUGAAUGAUUUAUAAGUGGCUUAUAAUCCACCUAUGCACAUUACCUAGCUAGUUAUUGUAAAGUUAGGGUUAGGGUUAGGGUAAGGGUUGCAUCUAGGGUUAGGGUUAGGAUUGGGUUAGGGUUAGGGUUAGGGUUAGGGUUAGGGUUGGAGCUAGGGUUAGGGUUAGGGUUAGGGUUGCAGCUAGGGUUAGGGUUAGGGUUGGAGCCAGGGUUAGGGUUAGAGUUAGGGUUAGGGUUGCAGCUAGGUUUAAGGUUAGGGUUGGGUUAGGGUUAGGGUUGGGGUUGGAGAAAGGGUUAGGGUUAGGGUUGCAGCUAGUGUUAGGGUUGCAGCUAGGGUUAGGGUUAGGGUUAGGGUUAGGGUUGGAGCUAUGGUUAGGGUUAGGGUUGUAGCUAGGGUUAGGGUUAGGGUUAGGGUUGGAGCUAGGGUUAGGGUUAGGGUUGCAGCUAGGGUUAGGGUUUGGUUUGGGUUAGGGUUGGAGCUAGGGUUAGGGUUAGGGUUGGAGCUAGGGUUAGGGUUAGGGUUGCAGCUAGGGUUAGGGUUGGGUUAGGGUUGGAGCUAGGGUUAGGGUUAGGGUUGGAGCAAGGGUUAGGGUUAGGGUUGCAGCUAGGGUUAGGGUUAGGGUUGGAGCUAGGGUUAGGGUUAGGGUUGCUGCUAGGGUUAGGUUUAGGUUAGGGUUGCAGCUAGGGAUAGGGUUAGGGUUAGGGUUAGGGUCAGGGUUGGGGUUAGAGCUAGGGUUAGGGUUAGGGUUAGGGUUGCAGCUAGGGUUAGGGUUGCAGCUAGGGUUAGGGUUGCAGCUAGGGUUAGGGUUAGGGUUGCAGCUAGGGUUAGGGUCAGGGUUAGGGUUGGAGAUAGUGUUAGGGUUAAGGUUAGGGUUGCAGCUAGCGUUAGGGUUAGGGUUAGGGUUAGGGUUGCAGCUAGGGUUAGGGUUAGGUUUGCAGCUAGGGUUAGGGUUAGGGUUGCAGCUAGGGUUCGGGUUAGGGUUGGAGCUAGGGUUAGGGUUAGGGUUGCAGCUAGGGUUAGAGUUGCCGCUAGGGUUAGGGUUAGGGUUAGGGUUGCAGCUAGGGUUAGGGUUAGGGUUGGAGCUAGGGUUAGGGUUGGAGCUAGGGUUGCAGCUAAGGUUAGGGUUAGGGUUGGGUUAGGGUCAGGGUUGGAGCUAGGGUUAGGGUUAGGGUUAGGGUUGGAGCUAGGGUUAGGGUUAGGGCUGGAGCUAGGGUUAGGGUUAGGGUUUCAGCUAGGGUUAGGGUUAGGGUUGGGUUGGGGCUAUGGUUAGGGUUAGGGUUAGGGUUACAGCUAGGGUUAGGGUUGGAGUUAGGGUUAGGGUUGGAGCUAGGGUUAGGGUUAGGGUUGCAGCUAGGGUUAGGGUUGCAGCUAGGGUUAGGGUUAGGGUUAGGGUUAGGGUUGCAGCUAGGGUUAGGGUUGCAGCUAGGGUUAGGGUUAGGGUUAGGGUUGCAGCUAGCGUUAGGGUUAGGGUUGGAGCUAGGGUUAGGGUUAGGGUUGCAGCUAGGGUUAGGGUUAGGUUUAGGGUUGCAGCUAGGGUUAGGGUUGGGUUAGGGUUAGGGUUGGGGUUAGGGUUAGGGUUGCAGCUAGGGUUAGGGUUAGGGCUAGGGUUGCAGCUAGGGUUAGGGUUAGGGUUGGAGCUAGGGUUAGGGUUAGGGUUGCAGCUAGGGUUAGGGUUAGGGUGUGAGCUAGGGUUAGGGUUAGGGUUGCAGCUAGGGUUAGGGUUAGGGUUAGGGUUGGAGCUAGGGUUAGGGUUAGGGUUACAGAUAGGGUUAGGGUUAGGGUUGGAGUUAGGGUUAGGGUUAGGGUUACAGAUAGGGUUAGGGUUGCAGCUAGGGUUAGGGUUAGGGUUGGAGCUAGGGUUAGGGUUAGGGUUGCAGCUAGGGUUAGGGUUAGGUUUGGAGCUAGGGUUAGGGUUAGGGUUAGGGUUGGAGCCAGGGUUGGGGUUAGGGUUGGAGCUAGGGUUAGGGUUAGGGUUAGGGUUGCAGCUAGGGUUAGGGUUUGGGUUGGAGCUAUGGUCAGGGUUAGGGUUAGGGUUACAGCCAGGGUUAGGGUUACAGCUAGGGUUAGGGUUAGGGUUGGAGUUAGGGUUAGGGUUAGGGUUGGAGCUAGGGUUAGGGUUAGGGUCAGGGUUGCAGCUAGGGUUAGGGUUGCAGCUAGUGUUGUUAGGGUUAGGGUUGGAGCUAGGGUUAGGGUUGGAGCUAGGGUUGCAGCUAAGGUUAGGGUUAGGGUUGGGUUAGGGUUAGGGUUGGAGCUAGGGUUAGGGUUAGGGUUAGGGUUGGAGCUAGGGUUAGGGUUAGGGCUGGAGCUAGGGUUAGGGUUAGGGUUUCAGCUAGGGUUAGGGUUAGGGUUGGGUUGGGGCUAUGGUUAGGGUUAGGGUUAGGGUUACAGCUAGGGUUAGGGUUGGAGUUAGGGUUAGGGUUGGAGCUAGGGUUAGGGUUAGGGUUGCAGCUAGGGUUAGGGUUGCAGCUAGGGUUAGGGUUAGGGUUAGGGUUAGGGUUGCAGCUAGGGUUAGGGUUGCAGCUAGGGUUAGGGUUAGGGUUAGGGUUGCAGCUAGCGUUAGGGUUAGGGUUGGAGCUAGGGUUAGGGUUAGGGUUGCAGCUAGGGUUAGGGUUAGGUUUAGGGUUGCAGCUAGGGUUAGGGUUGGGUUAGGGUUAGGGUUGGGGUUAGGGUUAGGGUUGCAGCUAGGGUUAGGGUUAGGGCUAGGGUUGCAGCUAGGGUUAGGGUUAGGGUUGGAGCUAGGGUUAGGGUUAGGGUUGCAGCUAGGGUUAGGGUUAGGGUGUGAGCUAGGGUUAGGGUUAGGGUUGCAGCUAGGGUUAGGGUUAGGGUUAGGGUUGGAGCUAGGGUUAGGGUUAGGGUUACAGAUAGGGUUAGGGUUAGGGUUGGAGUUAGGGUUAGGGUUAGGGUUACAGAUAGGGUUAGGGUUGCAGCUAGGGUUAGGGUUAGGGUUGGAGCUAGGGUUAGGGUUAGGGUUGGAGUUAGGGUUAGGGUUAGGGUUGCAGCUAGGGUAAGGGUUAGGGUUUGGGUUGGAGCUAUGGUUAGGGUUAGGGUUAGGGUUACAGCUAGGGUUAGGGUUAGGGUUGGAGUUAGGGUUAGGUUUAGGGUUGGAGCUAGGGUUAGGGUUAGGGUCAGGGUUGCAGCUAGGGUUAGGGUUGCAGCUAGGGUUAGGGUUAGGGUUAGGGUUGGAGCUAGGGUAAGGGGUUAGGGUUAGGGUUGCAGCUAAGGUUAGGGUUAGGGUUGGGUUAGGGUUAGGGUUGGAGCUAGGGUCAGGGUUAGGGUUAGGGUUGGAGCUAGGGUUACGGUUAGGGUUGGAGCUAGGGUUAGGGUUAGGGUUGCAGCUAGGGUUAGGGUUAGGGUUGGAGCUAGGGUUAGGGUUAGGGUUAGGGUUGCAGCUAGGGUUAGGUUUGGGUUAGGGUUAGGUUUGGAGCUAGGGUUAGGGUUAGGGUUAGGGUUGGAGCCAGGGUUAGGGUUAGGGUUGGAGCUAGGGUUAGGGUUAGGGUUGCAGCUAGGGUUAGGGUUUGGGUUGGAGCUAUAGUCAGGGUUAGGGUUAGGGUUACAGCUAGGGUUAGGGUUAGGGUUGGAGUUAGGGUUAGGGUUAGGGUUGGAGCUUGGGUUAGGGUUAGGGUCAGGGUUGCAGCUAGGGUUAGGGUUGCAGCUAGUGUUAAGGUUAGGGUUAGGGUUGGAGCUAGGGUUAGGGUUAGGGUUGCAGCUAAGGUUAGGGUUAGGUUAGGGUUAGGGUUGGAGCUAGGGUUAGGGUUAGGGCUGGAGCUAGGGUUAGGGUUAGGGUUUCAGCUAGGGUUAGGGUUAGGGUUGGGUUGGAGCUAUGGUUAGGGUUAGGGUUAGGGUUACAGCUACGGUUAGGGUUGGAGUUAGGGUUAGGGUUAGGGUUGGAGCUAGGGUUAGGGUUAGGGUUGCAGCUAGGGUUAGGGUUGCAGCUAGGGUUAGGGUUAGGGUUGGUGCUAGGGUUAGGGUUAGGGUUAGGGUUGCUGCUAGGGUUAGGGUUAGGGUUGCAGCUAGCGUUAGGGUUAGGGUUGCAGCUAGGGUUAGGGUUGCAGCUAGGGUUAGGGUUAGGUUUAGGGUUGCAGCUAGGGUUAGGGUUAGGGUUGGUUUAGGGCUAGGGUUGGGGUUAGGGUUAGGGUUGCAGCUAGAGUUAGGGUUAGGGUUAGGGUUGCAGCUAGGGUUAGGGUUAGGGUUGGAGCUAGGUUAAGGGUUAGGGUUAGGGUUGCAGCUAGGGUUAGGGUUAGGGUUAGGGUGUGAGCUAGGGUUAGGGUUAGGGUUAGGGUUGCAGCUAGGGUUAGGGUUAGGGUGUGAGCUAGGGUUAGGGUUAGGGUGUGAGCUAGGGUUAGGGUUAGGGUUAGGGUUGGAGCUAGGAUUAGGGUUGCAGCUAGUGUUAAGGUUAGGGUUAGGGUUGGAGCUAGGGUUAGGGUUGCAGCUAGGGUUAGGGUUAGGGUUGCAGCUAGGGUUAGGGUUGCAGCUAGGGUUAGGGUUAGGGUUAGGGUUGCAGCUAGGGUUAGGGUUGCAGCUAGGGUUAGGGUUAGGGUUAGGGUUAGGGUUGCAGCUAGCGUUAGGGUUAGGGUUGGAGCUAGGGUUAGGGUUAGGGUUGCAGCUAGGGUUAGGGUUAGGUUUAGGGUUGCAGCUAGGGUUAGGGUUAGGGUUGGGUUAGGGUUAGGGUUGGGGUUAGGGUUAGGGUUGCAGCUAGGGUUAGGGUUAGGGUUAGGGUUGCAGCUAGGGUUAGGGUUAGGGUUGGAGCUAGGGUUAGGGUUAGGGUUGCAGCUAGGGUUAGGGUUAGGGUUAGGGUGUGAGCUAGGGUUAGGGUUAGGGUUGCAGCCAGGGUUAGGGUUAGGGUUAGGGUUGCAGAUAGGGUUAGGGUUAGGGUUGGAGUUAGGGUUAGGGUUAGGGUUACAGAUAGGGUUAGGGUUGCAGCUAGGGUUAGGGUUAGGGUUAGGGUUAGGGUUGGAGCUAGGGUUAGGGUUAGGGUUGGAGUUAGGGUUAGGGUUAGGGUUGCAGCUAGGGUUAGGGUUAGGGUUUGGGUUGGAGCUAUGGUUAGGGUUAGGGUUAGGGUUACAGCUAGGGUUAGGGUUAGGGUUGGAGUUAGGGUUAGGUUUAGGGUUGGAGCUAGGGUUAGGGUUAGGGUCAGGGUUGCAGCUAGGGUUAGGGUUGCAGCUAGGGUUAGGGUUAGGGUUAGGGUUGGAGCUAGGGUAAGGGGUUAGGGUUGCAGCUAAGGUUAGGGUUAGGGUUGGAGCUAGGGUUAGGGUUAGGGUUAGGGUUGCAGCUAGGGUUAGGGUUGGGUUAGGGUUAGGUUUGGAGCUAGGGUUAGGGUUAGGGUUAGGGUUGGAGCCAGGGUUAGGGUUAGGGUUGGAGCUAGGGUUAGGGUUAGGGUUAGGGUUGCAGCUAGGGUUAGGGUUUGGGUUGGAGCUAUAGUCAGGGUUAGAGUUAGGGUUACAGCUAGGGUUAGGGUUAGGGUUGGAGUUAGGGUUAGGGUUAGGGUUGGAGCUUGGGUUAGGGUUAGGGUCAGGGUUGCAGCUAGGGUUAGGGUUGCAGCUAGUGUUAAGGUUAGGGUUAGGGUUGGAGCUAGGGUUAGGGUUAGGGUUAGGGUUGCAGCUAAGGUUAUGGUUAGGUUAGGGUUAGGGUUGGAGCUAGGGUUAGGGUUAGGGCUGGAGCUAGGGAUAGGGUUAGGGUUUCAGCUAGGGUUAGGGUUAGGGUUGGGUUGGAGCUAUGGUUAGGGUUAGGGUUAGGGUUACAUCUAGGGUUAGGGUUGGAGUUAGGGUUAGGGUUAGGGUUGGAGCUAGGGUUAGGGUUAGGGUUGCAGCUAGGGUUAGGGUUGCAGCUAGGGUUAGGGUUAGGGUUAGGGUUGGUGCUAGGGUUAGGGUUAGGGUUAGGGUUAGGGUUGCUGCUAGGGUUAGGGUUAGGGUUGCAGCUAGCAUUAGGGUUAGGGUUGGAGCUAGGGUUAGGGUUAGGGUUGCAGCUAGGGUUAGGGUUAGGUUUAGGGUUGCAGCUAGGGUUAGGGUUGGGUUAGGGCUAGGGUUGGGGUUAGGGUUAGGGUUGCAGCUAGAGUUAGGGUUAGGGUUAGGGUUGCAGCUAGGGUUAGGGUUAGGGUUGGAGCUAGGUUAAGGGUUAGGGUUAGGGUUGCAGCUAGGGUUAGGGUUAGGGUGUGAGCUAGGGUUAGGGUUAGGGUGUGAGCUAGGGUUAGGGUUAGGGUUAGGGUUGGAGCUAGGAUUAGGGUUGCAGCUAGUGUUAAGGUUAGGGUUAGGGUUGGAGCUAGGGUUAGGGUUGCAGCUAGGGUUAGGGUUAGGGUUGGGUUAGGAUUAGGGUUGGAGCUAGGGUUAGGGUUAGGGUUAGGGUUGCAGCUAGGGUUAGGGUUGCAGCUAGUGUUAAGGUUAGGGUUAGGGUUGGAGCUAGGGUUAGGGUUACAGAUAGUUUUAGGAUUAGGGUUGGAGUUAGGGUUAGGGUUGGAGCUAGGGUUAGGGUUGCAGCUAGGGUUAGGGUUAGGGUUAGGGUUACAGCUAGGGUUAGGGUUACAGCUAGGGUUAGGGUUAGGGUUGGAGCUAGGGAUAGGGUUAGGGUUAGGGUUAGGGUUGGAGCUAGGGUUGGAGCUAGGGUUAGGGUUAGGGUUAGGGUUGCAGCUAGGGUUAGGGUUGGGGUUGGGUUAGGGUUAGGGUUGGAGCUAGGGUUAGGGUUAGGGUUGCAGCUAGGGUUAGGGUUGCAGCUAGGGUUAGGGUUAGGGUUGCAGCUAGGGUUAGGGUUAGGGUUGGAGCUAGGGUUAGGGUUAGGGUUGCAGCUAGCGUUAGGGUUGCAGAUAGGGUUAGGGUUAGGGUUGCAGCUAGGGUUAGGGUUAGGGUUGCAGCUAGGGUUAGGGUUAGGGUUGGGUUAGGGUUAGGGUUGCAGCUAGGGUUAGGGUUGCAGCUAAGGUUAGGGUUAGGGUUGCAGCUAGGGUUAGGGUUAGGGUUGGAGCUAGGGUUAGGGUUAGGGUUAGAGCUAGGGUUAGGGUUAGGGUUGCAGCUAGGGUUAGGGUUGGAGCAAGGGUUAGGGUUAGGGUUAGGGUUAGGGUUGCAACUAGGGUUAGGGUUGGAGCAAUGGUUAGGGUUGCAGCUAGGGUUAGGGAAAGGGUUAGGGUUGCAGUUAUGGUUAGGGUUAGGGUUAGGUGUUAAGUUUCACUUAACAUGAGUUUAGUGAAAAAACUUAAAUCAGUCAACCUUCAGAGAUUUAAAAUACCUGAUAAAUAUGCCAAAAAGCUGCAGCUGAGUUUGUUGACAUGACUGCUCUGCUUUUAGGAUACUAAAAAUGGAUAGAAAACUGAUACACUACUUGCAUUUCAGCUCUGGACUCCCCCACUGGCAUGGACUUCUCCGACAUUCGCACCACCUCCUUCACCAUUCACUGGCUGGCUCCAACUGCUCCUAUCACCGGCUACCGCGUCCGCUAUCAGGCAACGAGCGGUGGGCGGGCCAAGGAUGAGAGACUUCCCCCAAGCAGGACUUACUACACUUUGACUGGACUGACACCAGAGACGGAGUAUUUGAUAUAUGUGUAUGCUGUCAGCAACAACCAGGAGAGUCAGCCUCUGACGGGAACACAGGCCACCAGUAAGUUUCUUCACUGGUUUCUGCUUUUUUUCUCAUCGCUUCCACCACAGUUUCUUAGAUUUUUAUGAAAAUGCUCUUUCCUCUCCUUUUUUAAUCCUCUCCAGUCUCUGAUGCCCCUACUGACCUGGAGGUCGUAUCAUCCACCCCUACCAGCAUCACCAUCCGCUGGGACGCCCCCUCUGUCUCAGUGAAAAACUACAAGAUCACCUAUGGUAGCUCAGGUUUGUACAUGUUUUUUUUAUUUCUAUUGUUUAGUUUGAGCCAAAGCUCAAAGUUGUGAAUUUAACACUGAGCCUCUCUUAUUUUCUUUCUAGGUGGUGCGACUCAAGAGUUCACAAUCCCCGGCACUCAGACCACCGCCACUAUCACUGGUCUGAACCCCGGCACCGACUACACCAUCACAGUUUAUGCUGUUAGUGGGAGAGGAGACAGCCCGGCUUCCAACACCCCUGUUUACAUCACACACAAGACUGGUACGGCAGUUUAGAAAGAUAGCACUUAAUUAAAAAAACACACACAGAAGGUUCAAAUCUAAACCUUGUCACAUGUUUGCCUUUUCCUCAGAUACUGAGCCCCCCACUGACAUGAGACUGACUGAUGUAAGUGACAACGCCAUCACGGUGCGUUGGACUCCUGCUCAUGGACCAGUCAAAGGCUAUAGAAUCACCAGUGUCCCCAAGAGCGGAUUGGGACCUUACUACUCUGAGGUGGUGGCCCCAGGUAAGACAGACCAAGAGAGAUUAUAAAAACAGCUGUCCCUUAUGUUAGGAAUAAGAAGAGCUUUAUUUAUUUAUCUCCGAAGGGGAAUUCAAUAAUGAAAAUGAUGUAAAAUUGUUUUAAUACUGUAUUUAUUAUACUGUAUGUGAAUACCUCCUCUCACUGGUGCUUAUUUGCUUCUCUGUUCCAGAUCAGACAGAGUUCACCUUCACAGGUCUGUUGCCCACUGCUGAGUAUGUAGUCAGUGUCUAUGCUCUUGGACAUGAUGGACAGCCCUCUGCUCCGGUGGUGGAAAAUGCUGUUACUGGUAAGUUUGAAGGCAACAGCAAAACUUUUUUCCUAGUUACAAGAGAUAGAAGCAAAAAAAAAUAAUAAAGAUGUUAGAGUUAAAAAAAGCACCUUGUCUUUUUCUUUUCCUGCAGCCAUGGACCGUCCCAAAGACUUGACCUUCUCUGACAUCGACUCCACCUCUAUGCGGAUCACCUGGGACAGUCCCGAUGGCACAGUGACAUCUUAUCGCGUCCUGUACUCCAGCCCAGAAGAGGGCGAGAGAGAGCUGCGCCCAGCACCUAGAGGUGACCAGGACAGCGUGCUGAUCAGAGGCCUUCGCCCCGGGACAGAGUACACUGUGAAAGUCAUCGCCCUCCAUGACCGCACACCCAGCAAACCGUUAGUGGGAACUCAGGCAACAGGUAAAAACACCACAGAGAGCGCUCACACAUUUGUGUCUUUGUUCAAAAACUUUUUUCAGAUAAAAUUUUAAAAAUGUUGAUUGGCUAUGUGCUUUUUCAGUGAUCCCAUCUCCAACCAACCUCAUGAUCUCAGAGGUCGGUCCCUCCACCUUCACUGUGUCAUGGCGAGCCCCCAGCGCACGCCUGACAGGCUACCGUGUGGUCGUUACCCCUAAGAAUAUCAACGGACCAACAAAAGAGUUGAACGUCGCUCCUGACACCACGCGUGUUGUUGUACCAGGACUCAUGGUAAAAAAAAAGUGAUCCUGUCUCAGCGUUUAGUCUGAUUCACUGUUGGUCAGUUUACAAACACAGCUGUAUGUUUUGGUAUCAUAGGUGGCAACUGCAUACCAGGUACAUGUCUAUGCUCUGAAGAACUCAGUCACCAGCAGACCACUGGUGGGAGAAGCGACCACAAUGGAAGGUAAGCAGCUGCACUAUUCAUGGACAUGUUUCUGGUCAUCUCUGAUGCUCUGUCUUAACUUUGUUCUCUUUCACAACCAAUGCAGAUGUCAGUUCUCCUCGGCGUGUGCGUAUCUCUGAUGUUAAAGACACUUCUCUCACACUGAGCUGGCGCUCCAAGGUGGAAACUAUCACUGGUUAUCUCAUAGAGGCUAUACCAAGUAGUGGCAACAACCCUACCAUCAGCAAAACCAUCCCAGCAGGCACCAACACCUACACUCUCACAGGUAUUUUACCCAUUUUUUAUGAUUUGGAAAUAGUUUUUCUCAUAAAGACUGAUUGAAACUUUUCAGUUGUGCAUCACUUGCUUGUUUUUCAUUUUUCCCUCAGGUCUGCAGCCAGGAACCUCGUACACUAUUAACCUGUACACCCUGAACGGCAACACAAGGAGCCCCCCAUACACUCUCACGAUUCAAACAGGUACAACACAUCGUAAAGCUUAGAGAAGACUUUCCUUAACCAUAAACAAGACAGAGAAGACAUUAUUUUUGUUUUGCAGAUUUGAUUUGAAUUUCUCAAAAAUGUUUCCCCUAAGUCAGAUCUUUAAGAAAUAACAGAACAAAUGGCAGAUGAGGCUUGAAAAGUUGAUAAAGAUCACUGCAAGCACCAGUUGAUCUUACGUGAUAUUUUUCUCCACAGCUGCACCAGUGGUCCAGGCUCCAACCAACCUCCAGUUCACAUCUUUGACCCCCACCUCCAUCUCCUUCACCUGGCAGGCUCCUGCUACAUCCAUUACAGGUUACUACGUCACCUACGAGGAGUCAGGAAGAGGUCCAAGAGAGCUGAUCCCACGACCCCACUCUGGCCAAAACUACGCCACCAUAUCUGGUAUGAGAUGAAUGAUAGGGGUUUCUGUCUGUGUUCCCUUUUUUGCUGUACAAGGCACACUUGUUGCUUGCUUUGAUAACUUAGUUGUCUUAUUUUUCUCCCAGUUUAAUCUUAAUUAAAAUAAAUUUUAAAAAGUCAUCAUAACUAACUAGAUAUUCCUCUCCUCAGGUCUGAAACCAGCCACAGAGUACAUCAUCAAGAUUGUUGCCAUUCAGAACACACAGAGGAGCACGCCUCUGGUGGGAAAAAUCAGGACUCGUGAGUACUUAACCCCUUCUGCUCUGAACAGGUGUAAACAAGAUGGUAAAAGUGACGUAUAUGAUAAUGUUACAAUGUGUUUCUGCUCAGUGACUGGUAAGCAAAUCAAAGAUUUUUACGGUUAAAUUUGCAGCUUUUUUCUGCUCGGCUGAGCCGUAAGUUACGCUGUUAAAGUCUACAAGCCAUGAGAUCAAAUGUCCAGUCAAUUGGCACCAUUAGACUCCUAAAACAAUAAUAUGCACACUUAUUUUGAAUGCCUUCAGAUACGUCAUUCAAAAUAUUUCUGUGUGUUUGUGAUACUGCAUGAAAACACACUUUGCCACAAAGUAGAAUCCCAGCAAUACUGCAUAUCUGUCGCCUCCUUCUGGCUGAGAUAUGUUAUUGCAGCUGUGCUUUACCUCCCCACUCAGCUAACAUGCUUGCUUCCCUAACCCAUCUCUCCCGCCCAGACCCAGAAUCCCUGCUCCCCCUGCCUCUGCCCCGCCCUGGAGGUGUAGGCGACAAACUGGAUGUGCCUGAAAUUGACCUGGAAAACACAGUCCAUUUAGGGGGCACCACUGGCCAGGAUGGGCUCGGUGGUCAGAGCCAGCAUGUGGAGUACACAGAGUACAACAACAACAACAAUGGAGACAACAGAUACAGUGGGAACAGGGACAACAACCCACAGUAUCCUUACGGGCAAGUACGUGAGCCCCUGGUCUUUGUGCCCCUUCCUGAUGCAGAGGGCCGCAGGCUGCCCAUCCUGAAGCUGAACCUGCCCAUCGGCUCCAUCCUACCAAAUGACACUGGAGUGCCACAGGAGGCCCAAACUCAGACCACCAUCUCCUGGAAGCCCUACAGACAGAGCAACGCCUACCUGGUGUCCUGCCAUCCUCUCACACACCCACAUGAGAAAAUGUUCCAGGUAGGAAACAAGGACCAUGAUCAGUCUAUUCCAACACUCUUGAAUAUCUGAAUAUCUGACCUCAUGAAUCUCCACAUCUCCAGGUCCGCCUGCCAGACUCAGCCACCACUGCCACCCUGAUAGGACUCACUCCUGGAGCCAACUAUAAUGUCAUUGUUGAGGCUCUCUUGGGUGCACUUAAACACAAGAUCCUGGAGCAGGUUGUCACCGCUGGAAACUCAGGUAAGAAUCCUACAGCAGAAACACAUCUGAAUUCGAUAUUUAACAAUACUGGCUGAUCAAACUGAGUGAGUCUGGGUAGAGGAAAAGUAUCCAGGGCAACUGGGAAUCUCUACUCUCUGACUUCUUGGCAGCAAGAGGAGAUGGCUCCAUCAGUGUCUGAAAACCAGAACACAGAGUCACUGAAUACCAAAACUUUCGACAUAGCAGACAGAACUUUUCUUCAAAUUAAAUAAAGAGCAGUCCCAGAACUUCAAAUUGCUUAAUCUUCUUUUUGCUUUGUCUAGUCCCAAAUGGAGUUCCCUCCAGUAAGGACUCAUGCUAUGAUGCCUUCACUGCGACAUACCACGAUGUUGGUGCCGAAUGGGAACGCAUGUCUGAGACCGGCUUCAAGCUGUGGUGCAGGUGCCUUGGUCUGGGAAGCGGCCACUUCAGAUGUGAUUCAUCCAGUGAGUCAUUUAGGAUAUUUUAUCCCUCUGUUGGACAUGAACCUGUUUUUGAUCAUUUUUAUUUGAUUUGGUCUGACGAUAAUGUUGUCCAUCCUCAGAGUGGUGCCAUGACAACGGUAUCAACUACCGUAUUGGAGAGAAGUGGGACCGCCGUGCAGAAAACGGACACUUGAUGAGCUGCACUUGUUUGGGAAAUGGAAAAGGAGAAUUCAAGUGUGAACCCCGUAAGGACUUCUGAGGACUCAUGAAUUUCUUAAUAAUGUGACACAGCUGUACAGAAAUUUAAAUAUUUCUCCACCCACACAGAUGAAUCAGUGUGCUACGAUGAAGGCAAAGCUUACCAGGUGGGAAACCAGUGGCAGAAGGAGUACCUGGGUGCCAUCUGCACUUGCACUUGCUUUGGGGGACAGCAGGUACGACAAAUGACACUCACUAGCUUUGAUUGUAUAUAAAAUAUGAUGCAUGUAUAAAAAUGCUUCAAUUAACAAAUUCGUAUGUUUUACCUCAUCAGGGCUGGCGUUGCGAGAACUGCCGCAGACCAGGUACUGACGUUGAUGCCAGUCUACUGCAGCCUGUCAGAUAUGGAGACCCUUUAAUACGCAAGGUGAGCAGAAUAAAACAAUAUUACAUUUUUAAAUUUAUCUAAAAUUCAAACAUUUAGAAUGUAUGCAAUUCUUUUUUCAACCAUACAGUCUAUGGUUCUAACUUAUUCCCUUUUCCUCCAGAACAUCCACUGUCCCAUCGAGUGCCUCCGUCCUGAACUGCUGGCAGAUGCACUCGCUGCUCAAAACCCUCGGGAGUAAAGGACCCGCCGUCUACUUUGUCUCCCUCACUGUCCAAUGCUGCACUGUCUCACCCUGUAGAAGCCAUGCUGUCUGCAACCAAACUGAACUGUCAGAUGAUUUUGACACGUAUUUAGCUGAAGAUUGAAUGCAUUAAGUGCCCUGCUGCCUGAUCAAAGUGAUCUUCUUUUGAAGCCAGUCCUUCACUGUUUAAUGCUGUCCCUCUGUUAAUUGUAAGCCCCCAAACCCUUGGUGCCUUCACAACAGGUGAAUUACAAAAAAAUAUUUGUCAGAUUCCGUUUCAGUGUCCAGAAACAUUUCUUUUUUUCUGAAACUAUCAAAAAGCAGCAUUGUGUGUUGAAGAAUGUCCAUGUAGCUACACACAGUUGCUGAAAUUGUCCAUGAAAAUGUGCUUUUCUUUCCUGUAGCCCUCCUGAAGGGUGGCACUGCGUGUGAUGACACACUCUGAUUUCUUACUUGUCUUUUACUAAUUUAUCCCUUUAAUCUCAUGGUGUGAAUGUGUGAGCUGGGGUGUGAGAAUAUGAACUGUUCUAUUUUUGUACUUUGUUGUCGGUGCCAAAGUUGUUUCUACCUUUGACAGAAAUGAGUCCCUUAUAUUUUAAUAAAGCUGGAGAGAUCCUGAAACCUUCCCACCCA